GGAGGGGGUGAGUUGCCUGGUUCGAAAGGGACUGAAAUGUCCUUCAUAUAAACCGGUGACAAAGUGGCGAGCAGCGGCCACACAGACAGCAGGAGACCGAGCACCGAGCAGCCGCUAGAUCCGCAGCGACACACCGGGGAGAACUGCACGCGAGAGGAAGCAACUAAUCCGGAGCAUUCAUCACAACACCGACAGACCUGUGAUUGGCUGUAAAGAUGGGUGUCACCUCUCGUCCACUGCUAUUGGCUGGAGCUUAUCUGUUGGCCGCUCUGAUUGGUGGAGCCCACUCUGAGGGGGUGUGUCUUCAAGACGCUAAGCACAAGGCCACGCCCAGUCCAGAGCCCAACCUGACGGAGUGUGGGCUGUACGCUGACAACAGCUGCUGCACAGAAGAAGACAUUCCGGACGUCUCCCAUGUUCCCUCGGCUCUCAACAAGAACAAACCCUGGGACAAGUGCGGUCCUCUGAGCUCUGAGUGUGAAGGUUUCCUGAAGCGAGUGUCAUGUUUCUACCGCUGCUCUCCGGACGCCGCGCGCUGGCCUCACCCUCAGAGACGCUCCUACAUCCAGGCGGUGCCGCUCUGCCACAGCUUCUGCAGGGACUGGUGAG